GACUGCAGAUGGCUAACGAGAGCUGCGAUGCGCCCGAUGCCCUGGACGUGAAGCUGACAUUCUGGCAGAGGAAUAAUCCGUACAGCUGGGCGGAUCCUUCGAAGGCUAUGAACCGCUUGGUGACCCCAAAUAACACCGUGGCCGUUCUCCAGUUGGAGCUUUGCGGCUCUCCGGUCACCUUCAACGACACGGAUCCGGAUGCCGCUGUGGAAGUGAGGGACAUCGACCUGCCAGCGAAGCCGCCGCCCGUGUGGGGCUACUGGCUGGAUGUGGCCUGUGCAAGGUGGUCUCCUCGUGACCAAAGCUGGGUCUUUGAUGGCGUCGAGGUGAAGCAGCCUGUGUACAACGAUGACGUGAAGGUCACGUGCAGGGCCUUCUACGGCGGCGCCGCCUAC